UCAACUCAUCAGCUGAGCAGCUGAGAUUACGUUGACGCCAAAGAAUUUUAUGCUAUUAGGUUGAAGGUUAUGUUUGUAUAAAAAGUACAAAAGAUCUAAAUGUUAUUGUCUUUCAUUAAUUACAUUGGUUAUGAAUUCUGAUUCUUCAUCUGACGAGGAAUAUGAUCCUAAAUUAUUAGCUUCAGUAGAUAAAAGUCUUCUAAAGGACUCAUUAUUUGUAAAUGACGUGUCAAGUGCUAACGGGGAGUGUAAAUUGAAUCAACAUUCAAUUCGAGAAGAACUAAAAGGUGAUGAUCAAUUUACAAACACCGGAAUAAGUGAAGGAGUGAAGACCUUCUUAUCGAAACAAUUAUCGGAUUAUUUGGAGAAAAAAGUUUCAGAGAAAUGUGUUAAAAAGACUGAUUCCAAAAUCGACAAAACUGCUGGAUUCUCAGGUGGUGUUCUUUUAUUUUCUAAUUCUGUUGAUUAUAUUGAUUUAGAACAAGACAGUUCUUUGUUGUAAAGUACAAAAAACCUAUAUUAGCCGAAAGUAAAGCUGAGGAUUCUAAAAAGAAGUGUAAUUCUGUUGCCGUUUCUCCAGAGUGGGUGUUGUCAGGUUCUGAUACCAUAUCUUGGAGUAAGAAACGUAAAGGAGCUAGAGGAAAAGUUAUCAAAUUAAAAGUUGAUAAAAAGCUGAAGAACGGUGGGUUAGAAUGCCAAGUUGUUGAAGAUUUUUGAAGCAGAUUCUAGUAUUUUGCUAUUCAUAUCAAUUGACCAAUAAUAACCAUUUUUAUAUUUAAGAUUUGCCUAAAUUUACAUAACUGAACUUUUCAUAUCACUAAUGACACUCAUUCAAUAUGAACGAAAAUGAUAACGUUGACCAAUCUGAUUUGAAGGGAGGAACGUUUUGGAAGAAACAUACCAAAGCAGUACCCGGACGUCCAAGUCCUCAGAAAGAAGUAAAAAAUGUAGCUCAUCACAAUUCUGCUCCGGCGUCUUCAUUUAAGGACUUUCAAGAGAGUGUUCGCGAUGCGUGGGAAAUAGAAGAUGACGAUGAAUUUGGUGUUGCUGAUGUUAAAAUUUCGAAACAAGUUGCCAAAUCGGCGGCAUUGAGUGUUUUGAACAGUCAUCGUAAUCAAGGUGGUGCUAAACCGGGUGAAAAAGCUGGUGCUUCCGCUACUAAUUCAAAAAGUGCACGCGGACAGCCUCAAAUUCAUGUUAAACCUGUUCUUCUGCCUCCUAUUCAGCCGUCCUCUACAAGAACAGUAUCUACUAGUGAGAGUAACCAGGGCAAGGUUGCUAAAUUUCAAACCCUCAUUGAUUCACCAUUACUGAACCUCGAUGAACUAAGGCAGCUAAGUUGGUCUGGAGUUCCUGUUGAAAUACGACCCAAUACAUGGAGGUUAUUGGCAGGCUACCUACCCGCCAGUCUAGAAAGACGACUACAAGCUUUGGAACGAAAACGACUAGAUUACUGGAAUCUUGUUAACCAGUAUUACGACAUAAAGGAACGCGACGAAACACACCAAGACACCUACCGACAGAUACACAUCGAUAUACCACGCAUGAGUCCGCUCAUUGCGUUGUUUCAACAGAAAGCUGUCCAAGAAAUGUUUGAACGAAUACUUUUCAUCUGGGCAAUCAGACAUCCAGCCUCUGGUUAUGUACAGGGCAUCAACGAUCUUGUCACUCCUUUUUUCAUUGUUUUCCUACAAGAAGUUUUAUCGCCUGGUGACAACAUGGAUAGUAUAGAAAUAAGUUCUCUUGUGGAGGAGAAAGUCAAAAGUAUUGAGGCUGAUACAUUUUGGUGCCUUUCCAAGUUUCUAGACGGCAUUCAAGAUAAUUAUAUCUUUGCUCAGUUGGGGAUCCAACAGAAAGUGAAUCAACUGAAAGAUCUCAUACAGAGGAUCGAUGGAUCACUACAUAAACACCUACAAAAGCAUGAUAUCGACUAUCUGCAGUUCUCGUUUCGUUGGAUGAACAACCUACUAACCCGUGAAUUACCAUUGAGGUGUUCGAUACGUCUAUGGGACACGUAUUUAGCUGAAGCCGAUUCGUACGCUUCGCUGCAUAAAUACGUGUGCGCCGCGUUCCUCCUGAACUGGCGCCAGCAGCUUUUAAAUGAAAAAGACUUCCAGGGCCUGAUGCUACUUCUACAAAACCUGCCGACCCAGCACUGGACUGACAGCGACAUUGGCAUGCUGGUCGCUGAGGCGUACCGGCUCAAAUUCACAUUUGCCGAUGCGCCCAACCAUUUGCAAACCGGCGAAAUUAGUUGACGACCAACUGUUGAAACUGAUCAGCAAGUGCCCUGAACAGGCUUCCUAUAUUAUCAUUCGCUGAGAAAUUCCAAACGAAGUCUGAUAAUAAAGCAGCGGAAAGAAAGACUCUUACAAAAUAAUAUUAAACCCUGGAUAUUCGGGAAAGUGUCAAAUUUUUCAAAUAUACAUUGUACUGUAUUAUUGAAACUUAAUGUUUAAGAAAUUUUCAUGUACUUGUUAUUUCGAUAAUAGCAAAAAAAUAUACUUUUCAUCAUCACAAUCAUCUUUAAAAUAAAUAUAUUAGAACAUAUAUUUAUUGUUUAAAAAGAACAUAAAUGAUGUUAUAUCAGUAAAAAUGAAAUCAAGUUUAA